AUGAAGCGUUUAUGGCAGGGAUUUGUAACAGUUCGUUUAUCUUCGAUCUUAUUUAUGAAUCCGAGUGAAGUACUAACUAACGGAAGACAAGAUGGAAUAAGUUUUCGUAGUCACGCAGUGAUUAAACAGAACAUUUUAAUGUCGUUACCAACUGAAUGUUAUGGUAAUGAAUGCAAAGCUUCCCUUGGAAAAGUCUAG